AUGGCUCAGCCGGCUGUUAUUUUUCAGAUUCUCAAUGUGCCUCUCACCCCCUCUGACAUUCAGACUCCUGGCUGUCAUUUUCCAGAAGAUUUUGAGCGGGAAAGCGGCAGGGCGGGGCGGCGCGGUUAUUGGCCACGCGCUGGGAGCAGGGUCGCGCUCCGUGUCCUCCUCCCGACAGCUCCCACUCGCCUCAUUUUCUCUAAGCAGAGCAACUUCGCUGACAGCGGAGCUCACCCAGCAUGGAUGUUCCAGGUAACCACCCCCGACCUGCCCUCCCCUCCGCGUGCAAGCGCCUUCUGCGUGGAUUUUAACCAGGACUCUCGCUGGUCCAGAUCGAGGGAAAGAAUAUUGGAAGAGUUAAUGGGAGGCUGUGGGCGGCGAGGGGGCGGUUUCUCUGCGUGUCUCUGGGCUGGUAUUGAAAUGGCCGGUCUGCUUUCCUGGGAGGAGCGGGGACGGGGCAAAAGUGCAGAUGGGCGCGUAAGUUCGCAGAAACCUGCAGGGGCUGCUGCCCAGCCAGAAAGAGAGAAUCCCCUGGUGGCCCUGCUGCUGCUGCUGCUGCCCGCCUGCUGCCCCGUGCGGGCGCAGAACGACACGGAGCCCAUCGUGCUGGAGGGCAAGUGCUUGGUGGUGUGCGACUCCAGCCCGUCGGCGGACGGCGCCGUCACCUCCUCCCUGGGCAUCUCCGUGCGCUCCGGCAGCGCCAAGGUGGCCUUCUCCGCCACGCGGAGCACCAACCACGAGCCGUCCGAGAUGAGCAACCGCACCAUGACCAUCUAUUUCGACCAGGUAUUAGUAAAUAUUGGCAACCACUUUGAUCUUGCCUCCAGUAUAUUUGUAGCACCGAGAAAAGGGAUUUAUAGCUUCAGCUUCCACGUGGUCAAAGUGUACAACAGACAAACCAUCCAGGUCAGUUUAAUGCAGAAUGGCUACCCAGUGAUCUCGGCCUUUGCAGGAGACCAGGAUGUCACCAGAGAAGCUGCUAGCAAUGGCGUGCUGCUGCUCAUGGAAAGGGAAGACAAAGUGCAUCUCAAACUUGAGAGAGGCAACCUCAUGGGGGGUUGGAAAUACUCCACAUUCUCGGGCUUCUUGGUGUUUCCUCUAUAAACACAGAGCACCCUAGAUGGUGGGGGAAUGGCAAUCUGGACCCAGGAAUCCGCCCUUUAAAACACCCUGAACUUGCUGGAAUUGGGACACCUUGUUUCCAACCUCCAUCAGCCUGUUGCUGUAGAAGAAUGAUUUCCUCUGAAACCUCCAGUACUUUUGUUUUUGUUUUUUGGAAUAUUGACAAUUCCUCGGGAACCUGGCCUCUAAUUAGUUUUAGAUGACAAGGUCUUAAGGAGAAAUGAAAUUAUCGAUUUGAGCAAUUUGUACCUGUGAUUAUAAAGUCAAUAUCGGAUUUUAUUGUUGGGACCAUGGACCUCUUUUGUUUGUAUGUUAUAUUGUUGUCCCAAUGGAAGGAGAGCUCCUGAUUCCAGGAUGGACUGCAGGUUGCAGUCAGGGCUUGAAGCAGGAGCCCAACAAAGAACCACCUGAUGGACAGUCCUUGACAUGUGUUCUGUGUGCGUCUGUAUAGCCUUAAGAAAAAGAAUGGCUUCACUUUCAUUCUGUAUUCUUCCCCCCACCAUGUGGAUGGGAGGACUUGGGAGGGGGAUGGGGACAUUGUGAACCUGUCAAGAAGUGCUUUAUCCAGAGAAGCAAGUUUUGCACGAUUGGACUGCAGCUUUUGUUUUGUAUUGUUUGUGUUUUUUCUUGAAUAGCUUUACUUUUCUUUCCACACUCAGCUCUCCCUCCUCAACCCCACUUUUAUUUUUCUUGCUGGGAUUGGGGAGAGAAAAUAUAUGUUGAAUUCCUGGAUAAGACCAAACAAAACAAAACAUUAAAAUACCUGUAUGUUUUGUUUUAGACGAGACCAAACCAAACAAAAAGAAUCUGUUUAUCGAAGUAAAAAUAACACAAUGUACAAUUCGGCUUAUUCUCUCAAAGAGAUUCUAAGAUGUACCUUUAGAACUAUUAAUAGCAACCUGGAUUUUUUUAAAAUUUAUACUUCAGAAUGCUUUAAGAACCUGGUGUUCCUGGGUGGUCCUGAAUCGUAUAAGUUGGGAAUGGAAGCUGUAAUGACCAAGUCCCCUAAACAUACUGCUUCUUUGCCACGUGUGCUGUGACUUCUUAGCGGGUGUUUUAAUUUAUUUGGAUCCACCUCUGAGUGAGCACACAGUGAUCAGGUGCUUCGAAGCCAACAGACCAGCUCCUCUUCCUCCAGAUCCUCUUUUGAUCUGCCCAGGAAAGGGAUGCAUUGCCACUCUCCUGCAUGCACCUGGCGAGAAGCCACCUGGAAGUCACUGUGGUUAAAGAUAUUGGUGGAGGUACCCCAGGAGCACUGUUACAAAUCCUUCUUGUUUUGACACCUCUUACAACAACAUUAUUAAGACACAGCUGAGAGUUGAUGGGUGUGUAAUUCAUAUGCCAAGGAAAUGUCACUGAUCCCAAAGCAAUCAAAGAGGAGACCUCAAACCAGAUGUUAAUUUGUUCUUUGUGUAACAAUGUAACCAAAAUAUUGAUGAUGAAAGUCAUAAUUUAAGAUUCAGAAUAAAUGGGUUUGAUGUCUG